UCCUCUGAAACACGUGCUGAGACAAUUUCUUACACGCCUCGCUCAGUAAACCUCAACCUCAAUCCGCACUGUAAACAGGAUCUAUUUUCCCUGCAAGCAAAACAUAAAUCAUACUAAUAUACAGUUGGCGCAAUCCAUGUGUUAGAAUAAAUACUACACGGAGUUGCGCUGGACUGAAUACCCUGAAUACCCUGAGAAGCCACGCUACUGCAAAACUUUGGAACUCGAAGCCUAGACAGAGCGGUUCAACCAAGAUGUUUCUUUUCUCUCUUGCUGUGCAUGGUUUAUCCUUCAGCGCUGCAGACGCAUCUCUUCGGAUUGUGAAGUCAAGCAACUUGAGCGCAGAAAACAAUAGCAGGUGCAACGUGGUAGACAAGACCUUCACCUCAGUAUUCUUGCCGAGUGUUUAUGUGAUUGUGUUCCUCAUCGGUGUCAUCAGCAAUUGUUGGGGAUUGCGGAGUUUACUUGCAAAAUGGAGAACAGUCGGCUGCAUCAACGUGUUUGUGCUAAAUCUUGGCAUUGCGGACCUGCUCUAUGUGAUCACUUUACCUUUUCUGGUCAGUUACUAUGUGAUGGGCGAAAAGUGGAUCUUCGGGCUCGUCUUCUGUAAAAUAAAUAGGUUUUGUUUUAAUCUUAAUUUAUAUGGGAGCAUUGGAUUCCUAACGUGUAUCAGUGUUUACCGCUAUUUGAGCAUUGUUCACCCAAUGAAAGUGAAGGGUAAAAUCAAAGUGUGUCAUUCAGCCAUAAUAUCUGUCAUAACCUGGGUUCUGGUUGUUGCUCAAAUUGUCCCAGAUGUGUACUUCAAUAAAUCAAAUAAAAACUCUACCGCCUGCUACGACACUACAUCGAAUGAUGAAGUAUACGAGUACCUGCCGUAUAGCAUCGGGUGGACUAUCACUGGAUUUUGUAUCCCGUUGCUUGUUAUUUUGGGGUGCUAUGGUCAUGUAGCAUUCGUUCUCACCAACAAGAAAAACCCCAGCGUGAACUCUUUGAUGAAGCAGCGAUGCUUGAGACUUAUUAUAAUCCUCACAGUUUUAUUUGUCGUCUGCUUCAUACCCUAUCACGUUUUAAGGAACCUCAAUUUAAAGACACGGGUAUUGCAAAUUGAAGGGGAAUGCAGUGACGCUUUCAAUAACAUAUAUGUGUCUUAUCAGGUGAGCAGAGGACUUGCUUGUCUGAACAGCGCUAUGAAUCCCUUAGUUUAUUUGGUAAUCGAUGACAAGGUCAUUAUAAAGCUGCAUGUUGUUAGUAAAACGGCCAGACGUUCACUGGUGCAUUUAGCAGCUGGAAAAGCCACCCAGCCGUCGAUGGACAGGUAGGAUUUUACGUAAACACGCGAAGAACCGAUUCACUCUUUAAAAAAAAAAAAAAAUGGAUUCGGCUUCUUAAAAAAUGCCACAGUCCCGACGUGGUUACAAGAGUGUGUUAAAUAAACCUUUCAAAUGUUGACCAUUGAAUGUAAACUCUGAAAAGACGACUGAGCAACAUGAUGCUUCUGAAUUAAUGCCCAAUAUGUUUCAACCAUAGCGAAGUGCAGAAAUACAGAUUUUUGGGCAGCCUCGCUGGCUUCGUGCAGCACUAUAUACUGUAUUCUAUAUUCUGUUGUAUAUGAGAAACUAAUUUGAAAGAUUAUGCUUAAUUAUUGUAAAUUACGUUUGUGAAAAUAAAUACAAAACGAUAGUGCUUAUUGUACGUAGAAUACCGAAAGCAUUUCCGUAUUGCACUGUAUUGUCUAGUAUAGAUUCCUGUAAGACAACAAACAUUUUGAUAUCUUGAUACACUGCCUCAGCAGCAGAACAUUGUAACAAGAAUAGCUUUGUUUUUGUUUUCAGAACUCCAGAGAAGAAAUAUUUGGCCUAAUUUACACAACCGCAUUUAAAGCCUGCUUUGAAUUUUUGUUUUGUUUUAAAAUAUAUAGCAAAGUUUAAUGAAGAGCAGAACAGGACAAUUUUCUGAAACAAGAUUUGGCAGGGAAAUGGCAAGAGACAGGGAGAAACAUCCGUCCUAAAGAUAAAACUGACGAUUUGGAUACGGAAUUUAAAACAUACCCUAACACUGGCAUUAGUGUUUCGAGCCACCAUUAGCAGGCAACACAUCUGAGAGGUGUCUAACAUUCAUCUCACAGCGCUUACAGCUUUCCUUCAGGUAAACUGGAGAUGAAAAUCAAGUGUAAUCAUCAAACUACAGUAUUCUACCAGCGCUACAGUAUAUCGGUCUGUCAGAUUGCUGUCUUGCUCAUCAUGAGUGAAAGUCACUUAUAACAGGGAGAUACAUUUUUUUAUUUCUACUAUAAAGAAUUCCUGUUUUUUUUUUAUUCUUUUUUUGGUUUAGUGCCAAAACUCCUGAAUGACAUUGCAUGUAUGUGGAUGCACAGUGUGGUAAUAACUACUGUGUGGCUACUGUUGCAACCAAAGUUCUGACGGAAACGCCCUAACUGCACACACCAGAGCAGUCGUGAUUCAUGUGAGCAAAGACGAGUUACAGAAAAUGCUUAUUGCUUUGUAUGUAAAUUACACUUUCCUUAUCUUUAUUUUAUUAUAUUUUAUCUUUAAUUUCUGUUUAAGUACUGCUGACACCUGAACUCUCAAAACAAUUAUAUGUGUGUGUAUAUAUAUAUAUAUCUUCAUAAUACUGUUUCUCAUUGCAUAUGUUAAAUCACUUAGAAAGGAUUGCUUGCUAUAAUUCCACGAAGAUACAAUAUAAUCUAGCAAGUAAAAAUAAUAUUUCAGAAAAAAAGAAAUCAUUCUGCUUUUGAAUAUAAACAUAAAGAUCUGGUUUAUGGAUUACAUGAUGUUCAUUUUACAGUGUUUAACUUAGUGUCAUACAAUAUCCAACAGAUCACAAAACCACCUCACAAUUCAGCGUGGUGAGAUUGUGUAAAAGGAGUUUCGACAGCACCGUGCCUGGAGGUGCGUGGGUAAUAUAUUUUUCUGAAGAAUGUUUUGGCUUCUGUACAAGGUUAAAGAAAGUCUUGAGUUUGCUUGCCUUGACUUCUCGGAGGCUUGUACUGCUUUACUUUCUAGGUAGACUCACUAAUCUCUCCCGAGUCAAAUACUGGCUGCAAAGCAUGUCUGUUAUUAGAGGAAGCAACUGGCUGGUCACUGACAGGAAAGGAGGCCCUGAAAGGGAGGGAACUAUUUGACUGUCGUGGAAUAAAAGGACCAAGUAUGUGUAAGACAAUCUGAAAGCAAGGCUUGCAAACAGAUUUCUUUUACCUUUCAGGUUUUAAAAUAAAUGCAAAAAAAAAACAACUGAAUGUGCCUGGCAAGAUGAUGUAUGGAAUAAUGUUCCAACAAUCACUUCAAGCUUUUUUUUGUUUCGUGAUUGCUCUAAGCCUCAGAAUGGCCAGGGGGUAGAAUUCUAGCUUUCAUCGAUUAACAUUCUAGUUCUAGAAUUGUAUUUUAUUCAUAGGGCCUUGUGACAGGGUGACCAGGAGGCAGAAAGACGACUCUGAACUUUAAGAGCUGCAAGUACUUUAUUGUAUAAAUAAUAUGUGAUUAACAAAAACACAGCUCAUCAAUAAUGAACAGAAAUCCCUCACCCAAGUCUGACACUAUCGCAAUGUCUCUCUCUCUCUCUCUCUCUCUCUCUCUCUCUCUCUCUCUCUCUCUCUCUCUCCCUCUCUCUCUCUCUCCACAAAAACACAUGAACACCAACACUUUAUUUACAGCCAGGGCUCUGAUUUGCUACAGGCCCUUUGUGUUUAGAUACUGCUGGAGGGCGAAUGUAUUUCUUUUUCAGUGGACACAAAAUUAGAAGUGAGCUGUGGAAGGAGUUUACUAUAAUACUAGAUAAUAAAAUAAAAUACUACAAUAAAAA